AUGUUCCUCUCCCAAAAUACCUCGCCGGAACUCCCAACGAUGCUACUGAUCUCAUCGACCGGCAAGCUUCUCUCGAGUUGCUCCCCUCUCCCAGCCUCUACGCUCCGCACACAAUCAACUGUGGCCAGCACACUCUGGAAUCUCCACCACCCCGACCCUGACCGCGAUCCCCACCAAUCUGCUGGCAAUAACCACGUCUCGUCCCCUCAGUCCGUCUCCUCCCAAGCAACGACAGAAGGCCCCUCAUCCCCAGCACCUUCAGGCGCAAGUACGACAAACGGAAGCGACCUGAACUCAAUAACCAUACAAAUAUCGCACGGCAUAAUGGUCAUCCGGUCGCUCUCAUGUGGACUCCUAUUUGUAGCUAUAGGCCCUUCCAGCGUCCCAACUACUAUAACAGCUUUACCAGAUUUAAGCUCUCUUGCGCCGCAUACACCUCGUGUUGCCUCGUCGCAUACAUCACCUCCAUCUUCGCCGGCCCCACAGCAGGAGAGUCACGAGGCGAUCCCAGAGAACGAUAUGUCAGGAAGUGCGGUGGCAGCAACCGGGAGCGGCUUUCCGUCACAAGUUGGUAGCGUUAGAAGCUCGGUCGCUCGGGCCAGCAAGAAAGCCAAUCUUAUGGCGAUAAAGAGACAAGCGGAAGAAGUUUCGAGAUGGUUGGAUGACAGAUUGCAAGGUUUCACGCUGGGUUCUGGAGAGGGGCGGUGA